GUAACGAGGGGUGGAAGUCCAAGUGCGCUUCUCCGCCCCAACCUUCGGGGAGUUGGAUCCCGUGCUGAGCCGAGCGGAGUGUGGAUCUGGGCUCUAUGUGUGUCUGCCAAGCUGCCUCAGUCCGGGGCUAGCGAGGAGGCAGGGACGUGAAGACUGGGCACGGCUUGAAGGACUUCGCGCCGAGGCCCGAUUGGAGAAACUGAGGCCCGAGAAAGCUUGCCAGGGAGGACAGUGUGAGACACUGGGGCCUAAACAGGGGCCACAGACUGGGGAAGAUAGUCCUAUGGGAAAGCGGAAGCUACCAGCUAAGCACUGAGCCACAGCUGGCUUCCAAAGCUUAGCCCGAUGGCUCAACAGUGGGAGGAAAAACUGAGCAUCUUUAUUGCCCGGGAAUUCCUGGGACCCUAGAGAAGCAAACCUAAUGCCUGAUAACCCGUGAGUGGGAAAGGCCUACUUGGCCAAAGCCCUGGGGUCUCUGAAGGUGCCCAGGCUCCAGUAUAGUACCUAGAGAUGUCCUUUCGGAGACUGGCCCUGGGCCUGGCAUUGUGCCUGCUGGCCAGCGUGAGCUUCUGGGCCCUGUGGGAGUACGUCAAGAACUGGCUGCCAGUCUUUUCCUAUGAGCCCUUUUACCUCCCCUGCCCAGAGCUCUUCAACAUGAAGCUGCAGUACAGGGAAGGGAAGCCAUUCCAGCCCGUGGCACGGUCACAGUACCCUCAGCCCAAGCUGCUGGACCAGAGGCCCACCCAGUUGCUGACACUCACACCUUGGUUGGCGCCCAUCGUCUCUGAGGGAACCUUCAACCCGGAGCUUCUGCACCAAAUCUUCCAGCCACUGAACCUGACUGUGGGGGUCACCGUGUUUGCCGUGGGGAAGUAUGUCCGCUUCGCCCAGUCCUUCCUGGAGUCGGCCGAGGAGUUCUUCAUGUGUGGGUACCAAGUACACUACUAUGUCUUCACUCACGAUCCUGCAGCCAUUCCCAAAGUCCAGCUGGGCCCCGGGCGGUUCCUCAGCAUUGUCCCUGUGCAGAGGCACUCCCACUGGGAGGAGAUCUCUAUGCGUCGGAUGGAGACCAUCAACCAGCUCAUUGCCAAGAGGGCUCACCAGGAAGUGGACUACCUCUUCUGCCUUGAUGUAGACAUGGUGUUCCGGAAUCCAUGGGGCCCCGAGACCUUGGGGGACCUAGUGGCCGCCAUUCACCCCGGCUACUUCAGUGUACCCCGCCAGCAAUUCCCUUACGAGCGCAGGCAGGUUUCCGCAGCCUUUGUGGCAGAUGGUGAAGGGGACUUCUAUUAUGGUGGGGCAGUUUUUGGGGGACAAGUGGCCAAGGUGUACGAGUUCACCAGGGGCUGCCACAUGGGCAUCCUGGCAGACAAAGCCAACGGCAUCAUGGCAAUCUGGCAGGAGGAGAGCCACCUGAAUCGCCGCUUCAUCUCACACAAACCAUCCAAGGUACUGUCCCCAGAGUACCUCUGGGAUGAUAGGAAACCCCUGCCACCCAGCCUGAAGUUGAUCCGCUUUUCUACCCUGGACAAGGAUAGCAGCUGGCUACGGAGCUGACAACAGAGACAAGCAGGCCACCCUGGAUGGGGAUCCAAAGCCCUGCAUACAGCUGCCCACCUUUGCCCACCUGUAGAAUCCAACCUGGAAAUGGGCAUAGAGAAGCUACUACAGACUAUAACGACCGUGUGCGUCUAUAUAGAGAGUCACACGGUAAUCCAGCCAAGAGUGAUCAGACAGGAGGGACGAGACCAGAGGUUAAAGGAGAUGGGGACUGGCAGGCCUAGCCUCACCUUGCCCACCUAGGGGACGUGUCUUCACAGGGGCACUCCCUAGGGUCCCAGCCCUUCUCAAAGUGCCUAGGACCUUGCUACUGUCUUCACAUAUGGCAUAGUGCUUCCCCCACACACACUAUGUUGGGCCUUGUGCAUGCUAGGCACGUGCUCUGCCACUGAGCUAUGUCUGCAGCCUUACAUAUUGCCUUGAAGUCACACUUAAACACCUUCAUGAAAAGCUCUCAGGAUCCGUUUCCUCAGUUGCUGGGAUCUCCGGCCCUGUGUUUUCUGUCCCCUAACCACAUGUAACCAGCUCUUCUCUCAGGACCUCAGAGCCCACUCUGAAAUGGACCAGAUUUAUGGCCCCUCUGGUCUCCUGUGCCCCAGGGUGAACCACAUUAUCAGGGAUGAGCUGCCUCUCUUAUAAUAGGGUUUGGAGGAGGGAGUUCAAUAAAUGUGUGUGUUUGGCCCUAGUCAGGGUUUUGCCUGCA